CUAACCUAAAGCCCUGAGACGGCGGCUUAGCGGGCUGGGGCUGAGCAGGGCUCGGGGAGACAAACGGCCGCGCUCUUUAGCCCGAUUCAAACACGAGCGAGGUUUUAAGACCCGGAGGAUACAAUGUUCACUAAACUCUUCCAGCAGUGGAGUUUCGCCGUGUUUCUGCUGAGUUAUUCCGUGCCCUCUUACGGGAGAUCGGUAGAGGGAAUCAGCCGCAGACUCAAACGGGCUGUAUCAGAGCACCAGCUAUUGCAUGACAAGGGCAAGUCAAUCCAAGACUUACGAAGAAGAAUAUUCCUUCAAAAUUUAAUUGAAGGUGUCAACACUGCAGAAAUCCGUGCAACUUCAGAGGUUUCACCUAACCCUAAGCCUGCUACCAACACGAAGAACUACCCUGUCCGAUUUGGUAGUGAAGAUGAGGGCAGAUACCUAACUCAGGAGACAAACAAAUCACAGACCUACAAGGAGCAGCCCCUGAAGGUAUCGGGGAAGAAAAAGAAAGCAAAGCCUGGAAAACGUAAGGAACAAGAGAAGAAAAAGAGGCGAGCCCGCUCGGCUUGGCUAAAUUCUGGCAUGUAUGGAAGCGAUGUGACCGAGAGCCCACUCUUGGACAACUCUGUUACUACACAUUAUCACACUUUAAGGAGGCGCUGACAUUUUCAGCAAGAGAUUUUUGGAAGACGUAUUGCAGUAUUCUGUAAUAGUGAACGUAUGGGAAGUAUUAAAAUAUUUAUUACCUGUAAAUAUUGUAAAUGCUCAGAAUAAAACCUUUUUCCCCCAUUGC